CUCCGCCAGAAAGGAAGAAAAAGAGGGGAAGCAAAGCACAAACGCGGCCGUCGCAGCAGCAGCAGAGAGGAGCAGCAGACACCCAACCGCAGCCGUACGCCGCAGAUCCGCCGCCGCGCACGCUAGGGUUUCGCGCCGAGGAGAGAGGGGGGGCGAUGGACGUGGUGAAGGCGGCGCAGCUCUCGGGGCGGACGCUGGAGAAGGUGGUGGUCCACCCGCUGGUGCUGCUCAGCAUCGUCGACCACUACAACCGCGUCGCCCGCGACACCAGGAAGCGCGUCGUCGGCGUGCUCCUCGGCACCUCCUCCCGCGGCGUCGUCGACGUCACCAACUCCUACGCCGUGCCGUUUGAGGAGGAUGACAAGGACCCGAGGAUCUGGUUCCUCGACCAUAAUUACCACGAGUCUAUGUUCUCCAUGUUCAAGAGGAUCAACGCCAAGGAGCAUGUUGUUGGCUGGUACAGCACUGGUCCAAAACUAAAGGAGAACGACUUGGAUGUUCAUGCAUUGUUUACCAACUAUGUUCCUAAUCCUGUCCUGGUGAUUAUUGAUGUUCAACCCAAGGAGUUGGGAAUACCCACCAAAGCAUAUUAUGCUGUAGAAGAGGUUAAAGAGAAUGCUACUCAGAAAAGUCAGAAGGUGUUCGUCCACGUGCCAUCAGAAAUUGCGGCCCAUGAAGUCGAGGAAAUUGGAGUUGAGCACCUUCUGAGGGAUGUGAAAGACACAACAAUAAGCACACUUGCCACAGAGGUCAGCAGCAAGCUUGCAGCCCUGAAGGGACUCGAUGCGAGGCUUACGGAGAUCCGGGGUUAUCUAGAUCUUGUAAUUGAAGGGAAGCUCCCACUGAACCAUGAGAUUCUGUACCACUUGCAGGAUGUGUUUAAUCUGCUCCCCAAUCUCAACGUAAAUGAGCUCAUUAAAGCCUUUGCAGUGAAAACAAAUGAUAUGAUGCUGGUCAUAUACCUGUCUUCUCUUAUCCGGAGUGUCAUUGCUCUCCACAAUUUGAUCAACAACAAGAUGCUAAACAAGGAACAUGAGAAGGCCGAGGAUUUGAAGCCAGCCGCCGUACCUACUGCAGCAGGGAGCUGAAUGUCCUUGUUUGCCUCAAGAUGGGGAUAGCGAUCUAUGACCCAGCAUUGGGGCAAAGAAACUGUGACAUGUUAGCAUUGUCUCAUUUGUACCAAGUGUCUUGACCUUCAAUUUACACUUUGAUGUUUACUUCAUGUACGAUGAGGUCAACGACAAAACCUUACAUUCUGUGAGCUCUAGGUCUUUUUGAGGUUUAUAAUCUAGAUCUUAUACUGUUUCA